UUUAAAGUGGCCGUUCUGCCAGGAGACGGGAUUGGUCCAGAAGUCAUUGCGCAAGCUGUCCGAGUCCUUCAGCAGGCGAUCUCGAAGGCGCCAGGAAUCCAAGUAUCCAUCGAAUCAUAUGACUUUGGUGGCAUCGCGAUCGACAAGCACGGCAACCCGCUACCCGAAAACACACUUAAGGCAUGCAAAGAAGCUCAUGGGAUAUUGAUGGGCUCCGUUGGUGGACCUAAAUGGGGGGUGGGUAGCAAAGUUCGACCUGAGCAAGGCUUGCUCCGACUUCGAAAAGAGCUGGGGGUAUAUGCUAAUGUCCGACCGUGCACCUUCGCAUCGGAAUCAUUGGUUUCAUCUUCUCCUCUGAAACCUGAAGUUGCGAAAGGCACAAAUAUAACCAUCGUGCGGGAGCUCAUUGGGGGUGUGUAUUUUGGACGACGGCAGGAAGUGGAAGCGUCAAUAAAGGCUGAUGAAGCGGAAGCUUGGGAUGUCAUGGCUUAUUCGAUCGGGGAGAUAAAGCGAAUCACACGAGUUGCAGCAAAAAUCGCCCUUGCCUCGAACCCUCCCGUGCCAUUACACUCUGUCGACAAGGCUAAUGUGCUUGCAACCUCAAGGCUUUGGAGGAGAGUUGUGACGGAGACAGUCAAGGAGGAAUUUCCUCAGCUCGAGCUGAAUCAUCACUUCGUAGACUCCGCUGCAAUGUUCAUCGUCGCCAAUCCGCAAAAAUUAAACGGCGUCGUCGUAACGGAAAAUUUAUUUGGAGACAUUUUGUCUGAUCAAGCCAGUGUUAUUCCUGGGUCCCUUGGGCUCCUACCUUCAGCAUCUUUGGCGGGAUUCCCGACUUCGUCGACACCCUGUGCUGGUUUAUAUGAGCCUAUUCAUGGUUCGGCCCCAGACAUUGCUGGCCAAGGCAUUGCUAAUCCAAUUGGGACUAUCCUUAGCGGCGCUAUGCUUUUAAGGUACUCCCUUGGAUUGCCCGAGCAAGCUGACGCAGUCGAGGCGGCAGUCAGAAUCGCCUUGGAUGAAAAAGAUAAGGGAGGGCUGCAUCUUCGAACGAGAGAUCUAGGGGGUCAGAUUGGGACUGUCGAAAUUGGUGACAGAAUCGUCGAAGUGUUGGGGAAACUAUUACAGUAG